AGUGCAGUGCCUAGCUAGAUCACACGUCUCAUCUCGACAGCUAGCUAGCUCGAAAGAGCAGUGGAAAAGCCUAAGCCAAGCCAGGGGAACUAAACUAAGACAGAAGUCAAUAAUGCCUGCUGAAAAGCGGAAAGUGAGCUCCAAAAAGCAACAAGACCCAAAGGGAAAAAAGAAAAAUGAUUCGAAUGAAAAAUAUUUGAAUCCUGAUGUAGAUGCGCAAGGAGAAUUACAAGAUAAAAGGAAUGAUCCUCGAUCCAAGUACAGGUCUACUGGUCGUAGGAUUCUCAUCAGGCUCUCAACCAUUGGGGCGCUUCUGGUAGGGGCUCAUCUUUACUUUGGCCAAGAACAGAGUGCCUUGAAACCAUUUGCCAAGCAGACCGAGACUCUACCUGCUAAAUUCAUCUACGUCAAGUGUUCGGACGAUUUUGAGGCAGACAGGACAAGUUUUCCAGAAUGUGCUCCAAAGGUAUGUGGACGAGGUGUCAUGGAUACUAUUAUUUCAGAAAAAGAAGCUAGACAGCUAGUAGAAGUUGCUAAGAAAGGAUUAUCAUAUGGAGGGUCUAAUGGAGGGGCAUCUAUUCUUGACCUUCAUUCUGGUGCCUUAUCAAAAGGAGAUUCUUUUAUCAAUAUCUAUCAAUACCUUGAACACAACAAUCUAGGAAAUGUUUUUAUUUCUGAGGAUAUCAAGCUAUACAGGAAAGUAGCAGAUACGAUAAAAAGGGCCAUAGCAGCUCGGUUCCAGAUCCCGGCUCAGAAGCUCUACCUGACCCAUCCAACAUUUUUCUCAAGGAUGAACAACAAGAAAGCUAAAACAAUACAUGAUGAAUACUGGCAUUCACAUGUUGAUAAGAAAACAUAUGAGACAUUUGACUACACAUCUUUGCUCUAUCUGACCAACUAUGGAGUAGAUUUUGAAGGAGGACGCUUUGUCUUCAUUGAUGAAAAAGCAAAUUCAACGGUGGAACCAAAAUUAGGUCGCUUGUCAUUCUUUACCUCUGGCUCUGAGAACACCCAUUUUGUGGAGAAAGUCUCAAGUGGAACGCGAUACGCCAUCACUGUCUCUUUUACCUGCGACAAGAAACAUGCUAUCCAGUAUCCUAAAAUGGGCAGCUAACAUAUAAUCACCUGAUCAGUCAUGUGACCAAGCAUCUCAAAGCAAGCAAUAAAUUACCAGGGGCCCGUAACACAAAACUUAGCAAUGAUCGUAGAACAUUUUUUACGAUUGAUUCCAUUGACUACAAUGUACAAUCAAUCGUGAAAAUCAAGCGUACGAUCAAUCGCUAACCUUUGUGUUACAGGACCCAGGAGUCACAUUGCCAAUGCCUUCACUAAUGAAUUGUCUAUGACAAGCCAAAUGAGAUUUUGAAUUGUAUUCAAUCGCAUCAGUAAAAAUAAUGAAUUCAUUCACAUCACCAAAAAGUGAAUUGACUAUGGUAGGCCAAGUAGGUUUAAACAUUUUUUCAAUCACAGCAAUAAUUAAAUAUUUGGAUGUAGAAUUCAAAUUUCUGACGAGCACAUAUCAUGCACAUGUUUUUGCCACAGUUUGAUCGCAGUAACACUCAGUAUAAAGAAAUAAGCACUUCAUAAUCCAAUAAUUUAUAAAUUACUAAUCGCCAUGUGAAUGACUUCCUUGGCGCACUUGCAGCUGGCUAUUAAAUUAAUAAUUUACCAAGGGGGUGUUUCAUAUUAAAUCUGUUUGUGAAGUGAUAAAUGGUUUUAUUAAAAAGUAGAGUAUGGAGCGCUUAAUUUGAUUCCGUAAAUAAUUGCUGAAAUAUAACAAAAAGUGGUAUUUCUGAUAAUCUAGAUUAUAUUGGGUAAAAACUAAAAAUGUACUUUUCAUUCAGAAAUGUUUAAUAUAGUGGCAUUCCAGGUGAUAAUUGAAAAGACAGCUUUAAAAUGAUCUGAAGACUUUGUGGCUUACCAUAAUUUAGUUGGACAAAAGUCAUGUGUAGCUUAGGCCUUUCCCUACUUCAAAUAUCAAAAUUUGCUAGGAGUGACCCCUCUAUGAUACAUAAUUGCAUUUAUCCAUUCCAAACUAUGCUGAGUGUCUGAGGCAGAGGGUCGUAGAGUCUAGGGCCAUUGAUAUGAUUUAGAAAUAAAUCAAACCAACGAAUUUGUCUUAAAUCAGGUGAUUUAGCCACUGAGCAAACAAGUCUAGCCAUAUUUCUUCAUCUGAACGGAGCCUAGAUGGCCAGGUAACAAUUAAUAUGUAGACAAUAUACCGUUUACCUUGAUAUAUGUCUCCAUUUUCUGUUUAAUAAAUUAAAAGCAAGUUUUAUGCAUGAUAUUUCAAUUUAAAGGUGAUGCUCAUUUUUUUUAAUGAAUUUUUGGCUUUAUUGAUAUUUCUGUUAUAUUUUGGCUGUUAAUCACCCCCUGUUUAUGUUUUUGAAAUCUGGUGAUAUUUCCCUAAUUGUAACUAUCCCUUUGUUUCAUUCUUCCUUUUCAUUGAGUUCUCAUUCUGAGGGGCUGUGUAAGGUCAACAGUGUUUUGGUCAGUUACAGUGCAUAUUAUGUCCUAUGGGAAAAAAAAUGGACAAACAUUUUGUAAUCAAAAUAUUAUGUUAGGAAAUUUGAAUAGCCUUAUUAUCCAUCAUCGAUAGUGUGAUUAAUUCCCCCAAAAUGUAUGUUAUAGGUAUCAUCUAUCUGGGGAAACAAUAUUUGCUCCUGCGACAUUUACCCAGGUCUUAAUAUCUCUGAGGGUAUAGGGUUUAGAGUUAGGAUUGUAAUAGAGUUUUUGGUUUAGAAUAAUGUGAAGAUAACGAUUCAAGUUUAUUUAGUUUUGGAGGUUAGAUUUUAUAUUUGGCUUGUUGUCACCGGAGCAAAUGUCAAGGAACCCGCUAGAUAUCCUCUAUUCCAAGUUGCACUAUUAUUAUUAAUCCAGGCUUCAGCUGACGUGUUUAGUGCAUUCAUUAAAUCACGAACUUUCUGCUGACCUUUUGAUGAUAUGAAUUAGUGGCUAGUAUUUGAAAUGGUAAAAACUGUUGACAGAUGGCUUGGAAACCGAUCUUGCCUGCCAGCAUAGUGUCAAUGUGAAAUGACGUCAUUAUCUUUAUGUGCCUUAUGUAACUUACGUGUUCCAUGUUUUGAUUUUUUGGAUAGCUCUGAGUACCAUUUUCUGAUUGCAGAAUAACAAUCAUGAAAUGAAUUCGGACAGAACUCACAAAAUUACCAGCAAGGUGUCUCUAUUCAUGAAUCUGAAAAUAUGAGCCAAAUGAUUCCAAAAGAAAGUAUUUGCUGAGAAACAAGCAAAAUAAGCUUAGCAUUCUUGUGAGGUUGAGUAGUUUGGUUUUUUUCCCCCAAGUAGUUGUGAUACUCUUGAAUAUGAUUGUGUGCUAAUCCACAUUCAUGAUUUCCAGCGUACCUGGGUUUCAGACUAGACUCUACCAUUAUUAGAUCUGUAUGGUAACAAAGCCUUUCUCUUAAAAUCAUCAUUCCCUGUGAUUACUCAUAUUUACAUAUGAAAGUUAAGAUUGGUUGUGAGGAAGUGCAUUAUACAGCUCUUUUAUUUUCCAUUGACUUAUGCUGUACAUUAUGUUUCCCUUAUAUGGACAAUUUAGGAUAGUGAGAGAAAGUAAAACUUUUUUUUAAUAUACAUGUAUGUACAUUUAAUGAAGUAUAUUUGUCUUUUCCCUUAUAAAAUCUAAUCUUGAGAAAUAUGUUUAUUUUAACAUUGAGGAGAAGUCCUUUACUAGGGCGUGUACUUUUUUUUUUUCAAUUGACAAAUUUUGUAGUUUCAUGAAAUGGAAGAUUUCAUACAGUGUACCAUGUUGGCUUCGAACUAAAUUGACCAAUCACAAACAUGGACAAAAAUACAUCUUUUUAAUUGUUUAUGUAUAGGUAUAAUUGACAUUUAUUGAUCUACACUUGUUUUGCCAGUAAAUUGUGGAUGAUGGUACUAUCCAUCUUUUUUCUUUUUGUCAUGCAAAUAUUAUUGUGCAAUACAUGCAAUUGUUAAGGGUCGAAUUACAUUGUUAAUGUGUAUUGAUUUGACUAGUCAAAAACAUGAUUAAAGGACAAGUCCACCCCAACAAAAAGUUGAUUUGAAUAAAAAGAGAAAUAUCCAACAAGCAUAACAAAAUAAGAAAGUUAUGACAUUUUAAAGUUUCGCUUAAUUUCACAAAACAGUUAUAUGCACAUCCCGGUCGUUAUGCAAAUGAGGGAACUGAUGACAUCACUCACUAUUUCUUUUGUAUUUUAUUAUAUGAAAUAUUCUAAUUUUCUCAUUGUCCUGUGAAACAAAGUUUUAUUUCUCCCUGAACAUGUCGAAUUACCAUUGUUUAAUAAUUUUUGGUUCAGUCAAGUUGGUCAUUGUCAAAUCUGCAAAAUUUGUAAUAAUGUAUAAUUCGAACAAUAAAACAAAAAGAAAUAGUGAGGGACAUUGAUUCUCUCGUUUGCAUGUGACUAAAUUGUGCAUAUAACUAUUUUGUGAAAAAAUAAGCGAAACUUUAAAAUGUCAUAACUUUCUUAUUUUACAUCCGAUUUUGAUGAAAUAUUCAGCAUAAUGCUUGUCCGAUUUUUCUCUAUUGAUUCAAAUCAACAUUUUCUGAGGUGGACUUGACCUUUAAGAAAGACUAUGUUUGGGUUGAAGAAUCAUGAUAUCCAUUGAAAUUUUACAUCAAAAUGUUUUGUUUCACUGUUAAUUUUGUAUAUUUUGAUAUGAAUAAAUUAUGAUCAGUACAAAUUA